GUCUGUUUGUCUUCGAUAGAAUAAGAUAUUAGCCAUUGUAAUUCCAUGGCAAAAUAAAACAAAACCCAUUUCUUGGAACCAUUUUAACACUUUUCUUGCCCUUCUCACUCACCCCACUAGGAGACAAAUCUGAGCCCAAUGUUUGUCUUUGCUAAGGCAUGUUUGGAUUCUUGCAACCUUAGGGAAUAUUUUAAACCCUCGAUUCCCCAUCCACCCAACGUCAAGACAAACACACCACUCUAAACACAACACACAAACCUUAACCUUUGAACUCUGUUCUUGCGUUUGUUUACUUGAGUGAUCAAACAAACACACACCUUCUAGAGUUUCCACACACACAAACGACAGUUUUCGGAACAUAAAGACAGAAACAACCGAACCAAGACUCUCACCAAUUCCUCACUCCAUCCACUAACCACUCAACGACAACAAAACAAUAAAGACAAGAGAACCCCUUCACGCAUUCUCUUCUCUUCUUCUUCCCAUGAACCACUCCUUCAAUCUGCUUCUUCUGCUGCAUCGCUCCAAACUUUCAAUUUCACUCUCAAACAAACUCAUUCGGAAUGUUCACACCACCAAGCUUCGCCAUUUUCAAGGGGCUUCUUUUCCUCUCUUCUUCAAUUGCAAAACCCAUCAGCGGUUUCGGUUUUCCUUCAUCAAUUCUCAAAAUGCGGUUUUUGUAGGAUUUUUCUAUCGGUUUCGUUUCUCAUCACCGCUUCCUUACUUUGCUCCGUAAAUAUUUCCUGAAAUUCGUCGGAAAAGUCCCUUUAAUGCAUUCAUGACAUCGUGAUUUUUUCGCUUGCAUUGUUAGUUCUAUAACUCAGGUUUUUGUUCAUACCUUGGGGAGGUUUGGUUUCAUCAAACCUGUGUGCCUCUUGAUAAUUAUUACCAUUCUACCAUCUCUUCCUGGGCUAUAUAAGAUUGUUGUGGUUGGGUUCAUGGAAUCCGUGUUCCAAGAAGAAGGUUCAUCUUCUGUAACUUCUUCGCCCCUUCAGUUCUUUUCCAUGAUGUCUCUUUCACCUGGCAUAGGAUCCCCCUAUCCCUGGCUUAGAGAACUGAAAUCUGAGGAAAGGGGUUUGUGUUUGAUCCAUUUGUUGAUCAGUUGUGCCAAUCAUGUGGCUAAUGGUAGUCUCGAGAACGCAAACAUGUUGCUUGACCAGAUUUCCCAGCUUGCUUCCCCUGAUGGGGAUACUAUUCAGCGUGUUGCUGCAUAUUUCACCCAAGCACUCGCUGAUCGGAUACUGAAAUCAUGGCCUGGCCUCCACAGGGCACUCAAUUCCACCAGAAUAGCCAUGGUGUCUGAUGAAAUUCUUGUUCAUAAGCUCUUUUUCGACCUUUUCCCGUUCCUGAAGAUGUCCUAUAUUCUGACAAAUCAGGCCAUUGUUGAGGCCAUGCUGGGGGAGAAAAUGGUGCAUGUGAUUGAUCUCAAUGCUAAUGGACCAGACCAGUGGAUUGCGCUCCUCCGUGUUCUGAGUGCACGCCCUGGAGGCCCUCCUCAUUUGAGAAUCACCGGUGUGCAUCACCAGAAAGAGAUUCUGGAUCAGAUGGCUCAUAAACUCACUCAAGAAGCAGAAAAAUUGGAUAUUCCAUUCCAGUUCAACCCUGUUGUCAGCAAGAUAGAAAAUCUUGAUUUUGACAAACUUCGUGUGAAAACUGGGGAGGCACUGGCAAUUAGUUGCAUUCUGCAGUUGCAUUCCCUCUUGGCCUUGGAUGAUGAUGCCUCGAGGAGAAGAUCUCCUCUUUUUUGGUCGAACAAUUCAAAUGCAAAUGCAAAUGCAAUUCAACUGCAGAGAAUCCUGCAGAUGAACCAAAACACACAUUUGGUUGAAAAGGAUAUGGUUCACGGCUAUAGCCCAAGUCCAGAUUCAGCCUCAGCCUCGGCCUCGGCCUCAUCCUCGCCCGGUUCUUCAUCUGCAUCGAUGAAAUCUGAGAGCUUUCUGAAUGCCUUGUGGGGGUUAUCACCAAAGAUCAUGGUUGUGACGGAGCAAGACUUCAACCACAACAGUUCAAACCUGAUGGAGAGGCUGCUAGAAUCUCUGAAUUCAUAUGCUGCAUUGUUUGAUUGUUUGGAAUGCACUGUGUCCAGGGCAUCCUUGGACAGAAUGAAGAUCGAGAAGAUGCUUCUGGGUGAGGAAAUCAAGAACAUCGUAGCUUGUGAGGGAGCUGAAAGAAGGGAAAGGCAUGAAAAGAUGGAUAAGUGGAUCCAGAGGCUUGAUUCAUCUGGUUUUGCAAGCGUGCCUUUAAGCCGUCAAGGUUUGACUCUGGCAAUGAGGUUCAUGGAGAACUAUGGUUGUAAUGGGUACAGAAUGAGAGAGGAAAAUGGCUGUGUGAUCAUUUACUGGCAGGACCGUACCUUGUUUUCUGUGACAGCAUGGAGAUCAAGAAGGUGAGGUAAGAAGAUUCUUGAAGCAUCAUAAAGAAGAACAAGAAUAGUGAUGUAGUGAUGAAUAAGUUUUUCUUUUCUUUGUUUCUAAUUGUAUGAAAGAGUUUUACCAAUAUAUAUGGUUUCGUCUAGUGAUGAAGAUCAAUUCAGAGAUACUAAACUCUCAGAAGAGGGAAAUGGAAAAGUGUGAGAGAGAGAGAGUGAAACAAUUAUCUCUAGUUGUGUCCACCAUUCCAUUGUUUAGUUCUGUGUUCAUUUUGUUCUUCACUAAUCCCUAUACUGUAACCUCUCUGUUGUGUAAGACCUAAUAUAAGUUUCUUUUUAGCUCAAAUUUUGUGUUGAAA